UCUCACCUAGAUUCCCAACAGAGACAGGAAGGACUUUGAACACACACAAAUCCAAUCUGCUAAUUCACUGAGGAAUUCAAACAACGUAUUCAGAGGAGCCUGCAGGGAGAAGAGUCUGGUUCACAGCUGAAAGACCUAAAGCUCAGGGAAGGGGGUGUUUCCUUUGUCAUUCCCCUCAAACUUUCUCUGUGCUCAAUUCAGUUAGCGGUUGCUACACUGACUAAGAACAAUGAGGACAGCAGGAGUCUUUGUGUUUUUGCUGCUUAACGUGGCCAUGGAAGUAAUCAGUGGUGCGGAUAAUACGAAGGGAUCUGUAUCAGAAAAGUCCAGUCCCGAAAACAAGAUGAAGACAGAAGAGGCUGAAGCCAAUCACACCAAGCCUGCAAGUUUUUCACAGUUUUUAGGCAACUUGCUCGUGGUGCCCAUGGAUGGAAGUCCCUGGGUAGGUUUUAAAGCCAUUGCCCAGGAAAUGGGUCGCCGUGGACACAGAGUUACGGUGGUGAUGCCAGAGACCACCAUACGAAUGGGCCCGGGGAAACACUAUGACACUUUGACCUAUCCUGUACCUUAUGACAAGACUUACAUCGACUCUGUGAUGUCCAAACACAAAGACAUAAUGAAAAAAUCCUCACAGCCUUUCAUGGAGAAGAUCAAGAAACGGUUCACACAGUUCCAGGCCAUUUCUGAUUUUCUGCACAUCACUGCAGAGAAGUUGCUCUUCAAUGCCAGUAUCAUAUCACACUUGGCCCAGCAGGAAUUUGAUGCCGUCUUGACAGACCCAAUGGUUCCCACAGGCUCAUUAAUAGCUCGGAAAUUAGGUCUCCCUACUGUCAAUCUGCUGAGAGGAAUCCCGUGUCACUUGGACAUGAAGUCUGCUGGCUGCCCAUCUCCGCCCUCAUACGUUCCUCGAUUUUUCACUGGAUACACGGAUAAAAUGAGCUUCAAGGAGAGACUUAUCAACACUUUGAUGGCAUUGGUGGAGCCGCUGUUUUGCAGACUGCUGUAUUGGCGCUUUGACCAAAUAACCCGUGACUUCCUCGGAGAGAACGUGGGUGUGGCUGAAGUGCUUUCAGACUCUGAUAUCUGGCUGCUGAGGAGUGAUUUCACACUGGAUUUCCCACGCCCACUCAUGCCCAAUAUUGUACUGGUUGGUGGAAUCAAUUGCAAUGUGAAACAUCCUCUGCCCCCAGAUCUGGAUUCCUGGGUGUCUGGACAGCACGGGUUUGUAGUGUUUACUCUGGGCUCCAUGGUGUCAGAUCUGCCAGAGGAAAUCACCUCUGUCUUUCUGGAGGCCUUCAGACAGAUUCCACAGAAGGUCAUAUGGAGAUACACUGGAAAGGUUCCUGACAAUGUCCCGGAAAAUGUGAAGAUGAUGAAAUGGGUCCCACAGAAUGACCUGCUAGCUCACCCAGGAGCCCGUGCAUUCAUCACUCACGCUGGCUCACAUGGUGUGUUUGAGGGACUGUGUCACGCCGUUCCCAUGCUGAUGGUGCCCCGGAACGGGGACCAGCCGGACAACGCUGCGAGGAUGGCCAGCAGAGGUGUAGGAAUCGUGUUGAACAUUUUAGACAUUAAUACAGAAACUCUUCUGAAGGGACUGAAGGAGGUCAUCAAUGACAGCAGGUAUAAAGAGAACGUGAAGAAGCUGUCAGAUCUUCAUAACGACCGGCUGUCGGACCCACUUGAGCUUUCAGUGUAUUGGACAGAAUUUGUGAUGCGUCAUAAAGGGGCGAAGCAUCUCAAAUCGGCUCUCCAUGAACUCUACUGGUUCCAGUACUUCAGCCUGGAUGUAAUAGCACUGCUGACUACUGUGGUGCUCGUUUUUGUAAUGUUGACAGCAAAAUGUAUGAAGCUAUGCUUCCGUAAACUGAGACGGAAGAGGAAGCAGGAAUAAGGACAGUUUGUGUGGUUGUUUUUUACUGGGGUUACUGUGAUUAUAUGUUGUAAUUGUAAACGACACAAAAAUGCUGACAUUCGCUAUUUUCACUUCCUCGAACAAAGUUAACAGGUAUUCACUACCUUUAAAUAAUUACCACAUAUUGGAUAAUAUAUCAAUUAAUCCUCAACUUCACACAUACAAGGAGGCAAGCAUUACGUUAGCAAGAGGCGUUUUUUCUGUUUGCAUUUGUUCUAACUGUUAUUUCCAAACGCCGCUUCCCUGUGGCCCGGUGUAAGAGCGAAACUAAAACGCACACAGGCCAAAACUGCGAGAACAGUUUGCAAUCAUCUACAUGCUGCCAAGCGCUUACUCCCAUUUAUAAUAGUGGGGAUCACAUUCUUUGGUUUCUCAAGUGCAAUUUACACAAUUCCCCAAGAACAGAUGCAGAAAACCUUUGAUACUACAUGCUGUAACCCUCUAUAAUACAAAAUAUCUGCCAGGCAGA